CGUCGAAGCAAAACUCGAUUCGAAAAUAACGCGAUUCGUCGUGGCCGUCUCCGUCCAACGCGAUCCCGUCUUCCCAGAGUUUGAAUCUUCGAUUCCCGGAUCGAAGCACGCCUGGUCGAUUUCUCUCGGAGAUUUCCAUUAGGGUUUCGAUUUCGACGGGCAUGGCGGCGACGGGGAAGCGUGCGCUUCUGCUGGCGGAUGACGUCUCCAUCCCUCUCAAUGCGGUGUUGUCUGCGUUUAGUGGCUUGGAUUUGGGGAUGGAUUUGGUUGCUCGAGACCACGACGUGCGUGUUAUAACCCAAGCGGCUUCUCUGGGAGGGAAGUUGCCUAUUGAGUCUUCCUCAGUAGAUCUAGUUGUUUCCGUGUCCGAAGCACCAGAACUUGUUGGCGAGCAAUCGAUUGAGGAGUUCAGCAGAGUGCUUAAACCUGGUGGAGCUAUUGUGAUACAGGCUUCUGCUGAGCAGACUGGAAGUAAGCCAAGCUCGAUGCUUGAACGCAAGUUGCUAAUGGCGGGAUUCUUAGAAGUACAAUCCUUGGAAGCAAAACCUUUUCUCUCACUUGAACAAGUACACAUUUGUACGAUCAAGGGCAAAAAGGCUUCUUGGACAAUGGGCUCAUCGUUCUCUCUGAAAAAGGCAACCAAAACUGUUCCAAAGAUCCAAAUCGAUGAUGAAUCAGAUUUAAUUGAUGAGGACAGUCUUUUAACUGAGGAGGACUUGAAGAAACCACAGUUACCACUGGUAGGAGAUUGUGAAGUUGGAAAGGCAAAGAAAGCCUGCAGGAACUGCACAUGUGGUCGGGCAGAGGAAGAAGCAAAGGUGCUGAAGCUGGGUCUGACUUCUGAGCAGAUAAACAAUCCUCAAUCAGCAUGUGGCAACUGUGGUCUUGGUGAUGCAUUCCGUUGUGGUACAUGCCCAUAUAAAGGUCUCCCUCCAUUCAAACUUGGUGAAAAGGUAUCUCUAUCUGCAAAUUUCCUUGCGGCUGAUAUUUGAGUUGUUAGAAGCAUGGUCCUGCUUUCAUAGGUUUCAAGAGUCUGUAGUGGAACUUCAAAAAUCAUUCAUUUGAACACUCCCAACCUACAUGUAAACUGAUGGUUUGUGACCAAUGAUGAAAUACUUAUUGGAUUGCAAAUUCUGCUACGUAGUUGGUGAUAGAUUGCAUUCUCAAUGAAAGAAUAAUUUUGCAUGUCAAUUUGUUCAA